AGCUCAGAGAACAUGCGUUGGAGCAAUCUUGCCUAUAUUAUCGCUUGGAUGAUGCUAUCUAGGCGCCUGGAAAUCGAGAGCAAGGAGAAAUGUUACUAUGUGAUUUUAACCUACUCAAACUGGACAGACGACCGUCCUCGGUUUGUAGUGAACAUGACAUUUUCAAACCAAACUGGGAUUGGCUCCAUUACCACCAUCAACGAGGAAAUCGCCUCGCCUGUUUCCCGAAUCCUUAUCGUUCAGCGCUCAAGUAAGGAGAAGCCCCGCACCAUAUACAAUGCAUCCACCAGGUUGUGCGACUUGCAAAAUGUUUUCAACUCGAUCCCGCUUUUCAAGCCCGCCAAGGACAACGUGCUUAAACAAAGCAACUACUCGCUGAGCUGUCCGCUCACAAAGGGAACCUAUGCCAUUAACAACAUGCGAGUCAACCCGAGGAACCCGCUCCUGAGCUUGCUCUAUCAGCCAAAGCAUUCCUUCACGGUAAAGGGAGGAUUAUUUGAGGAGCUUUCUCGCGGCCGAUUGAGACCGUUGUCCACUUAUUUUAUGGCCGGUAAGGUUAUAAAAAGGUCUUGCGGUGCUAACGAAUGAGGGCAGAAUGAACGUCCUAGCCCGGCGAAAUAAAUCAGAAUUCAGCAAGAACACCUCAGCUCAGUCCUACUACCGAUUACCACUUGUGAAACUUGUGAAGUGUUCGCCAGGAGCAAAAUUGUCUUAUUUUACUCAUCUGUGCCAUAUCGACAUGCUCUGAUAUUCUAGUGUCCAAGUUAGACGUUUGCCCGCUGUAGACGUCCAGCAUUCUAUUAUCCGAAAUAGUACACGCCUUUUUUCUAAUCAGUCGUUCGGAAUGUCAAUCAGCAAUAACUAUAGAACAUAUUUACAGUAUAUAUGUAUAUGUAUAUGUUGUGAAAUGUCCGUAACACGGCCACGAUUUACUUUUACGUACAUUUAACACGGCUACAGCCCCAAAAAUAUGCUUCCCCAAAUUAACAACUCGAUUCAAUUGUAUAAGUGAUAGUGCUAAUUUGUUGUUUAAGAAAUUAUAUCUAAACUGCUAAUACAAAGCGACAGCUUUUGAAGAAUGUUAUGUUGAUAGGUUUUUAAAGAAAAGUCCUUUAUUGAUUCGAAGCUAAUUAUCAGAAAUCGUAAGGACCAAACCAAUAUGGAGCGAGAACUAUUGCCAGUGCUCUUAUAGGUCUUCCAAAUAAUUUUGGGAUGCCUAAUGAGCGAUGAAAGCAACAGAGGAUGGGCUGCCGAUGCCACAAUUGCUGUGCUAGAG